CAUCAUCGAAGAACAGUAAUAAAAACAAGAAAACUGUCACCUGCAGUAAGUAAUAAAACAUAUGCAUGUUGCACGUAUCACAACUAUUUCAUAAAGUGCUCCAGAAUGAGUCUCUUACUCUGCAGCAUAGUGUGCACCAUUUUGAAACUUCCUGCUUGAUUUUGUCUCCCAUUCUGAAACACAAUUUUAAUGUUCCAGCAAGUUUCAGGGUAGUUCUCAGUAUGUUCUAGAGUAAAAGAUUUCUUCUGGAAACAGUCUCAGGGGCUGUGGCUAAGCUGUUUCCUGUGCAGUACCCUUCUUCCAGGAGUGUUAGUCCAGCAAAAUAUACAUGAGAGCUUCUGUGAAGUGUGGAAAGUAGGAGAGUGAUAAGCAGAAGUGAAGAUAAGGCAAGAGUUAUGCCUCAAUAGGUCAGCCAGUAAGAGCAUAGGCAACAAAAGGCAUGCUUCCAGUGUGGCACACUGUUUUAAAUUACCUGGAAGUGUUAAUAAAAAUUCUGUUCUAAAACCAUCAUUCUCUGACUUUUGAGUAGCUGAUAGAUGUCCAAUUAUAGUUCCUCAUUUUUAUAUCAGGAACUUUUCUGUAGUAAUUAUCUGAAUCUACUGGUGCCCAACUUUAAAGACAAAAGGGUCUUACACUAGACAUUUUGGAGAAGUGGGAUAUUGAAUAUGUUGACAAUCCUAUGUUAUUCACAAAACUUUUACUAACUAGUCAUCAUAUAAUAUUUGCUGAACAGUCUAAAUUGGCAGAGGCUUGAAGACAGACCCAAGCAAUCAUUCUUUAACCUUGUGGUCAUAACUGAGAUAAGGCUAUCUGACAUUGCUAGUAGUGUAACUGUGUACUGUGGUGCUCAACUUGAGUUCACUAGAAUGUGUGUAGCUACACAGUUAGGUAAGGGUGCUGCCACUCAGUGUCCAGCUUUGUACCAGAAAUAAUGGAAGUAAGUCAAUGGAAAGCAAACCCAUGCACCAGAUUGAAUCCAUGAAGGAAGAUCUAGUACUCAGAUCUUCUGCAAGUAUUUUCUGAUGCUGAAUUAGCCAGGGCAGGCCCACAGGAGUGAUGGUCUCCUGGUGUUCCAGAGAAGCAUUUACUGCAGAAUGUGAUACAUGUAGGAGAGUUUUGUCUAAAGGUGUUUUUCCAGACCUGCUUGCGACAAGUGGUGACUACCUCCGUGUUUGGCGUGCAGGAGAACCAGAAACAAGGCUAGAAUGUGUGCUGAACAAUGUAAGAAAUAAGAAUUCAGACUUCUGUGCCCCAUUAACUUCAUUUGACUGGAAUGAAGUGGAUCCCAAUCUGAUUGGCACAUCAAGCAUAGAUACUACAUGUACCAUAUGGGGGCUGGAGACAGGACAGGUUCUUGGGAGAUCAAAUUUAGUGACUGGUCAUGUAAAGACCCAGCUAAUUGCUCAUGAUAAAGAAGUAUAUGAUAUUGCUUUCAGUCGAGCUGGGGGUGGUAGAGAUAUGUUUGCUUCAGUUGGGGCUGACGGUUCUGUGAGGAUGUUCGAUUUGCGUCAUUUAGAACAUUCUACCAUAAUAUAUGAAGAUCCUCAACAUACACCACUCCUUCGCCUGGCAUGGAACAAACAGGAUCCCAAUUACUUAGCAACAGUUGCAAUGGAUGCCUGUGAGGUGAUUAUUUUAGAUGUCAGAGUUCCGUGUACACCUGUUGCAAGACUAAAUAACCAUAGAGCGUGUGUCAAUGGAAUUGCGUGGGCACCACAUUCAUCAUGCCACAUAUGUACAGCAGGUGAUGACCAUCAAGCUCUCAUAUGGGACAUUCAACAAAUGCCACGAGCAAUAGAGGAUCCAAUUCUAGCAUACACAGCAGCAGAAGGGGAAAUCAACCAGAUUCAGUGGGGUGCUACACAGCCGGAUUGGAUUGCGAUAUGUUACAAUCGUGCACUGGAAAUAUUAAGAGUUUGACUUUUUGCUUCAGCCAAAAUUUCUUUCUCCAUAAAAUUUAUCGUGUAGAAGUUUUUGUAAUUUUAAGUACAAUACUUUGUGUAUGUAUGUAUGUACGUAUGUAUGAUGUCUUUUUAGGUAAGAGUAUUAAACAAAGUGAAAUUUCAGUUUGUUGCGAAUUGGGUAUAUUGCUUAUUUUUUGUAUUUAAUGAAUUUUAUUAGAGAAUAUUACCCAUGGUAGUAGUACAUUCCUGUGAUUCUUUUGAUAUCAUUGGGGACAGUGUUAGCAUUACUGAGGCAGACUACUUAAAAAAAUUUGUACCCAAAAGGGAAGAGGUUUUUUCCCCCAUGAGCGUCUUCGUACACUGAUAUAGUUUUGAAAACUGAUGUAAAGAAUAAUGUAAUUAAAAUAUUUAUGAAUCAAAA